GUCACUUACUUGACGCCAUCAUAUUCCAUUCUUUUCCCUGCUUUUGAUUUUCUCGUUUCCCCGUACGUACCUUUUAGAACUUUAUAUAUAAUCAAGCGCCUGUGCUGUGUGUGUCUUAAACCAAACCCAGUUCGUAGAAUCGUAGAUUUAUGAAAACUUUUGCUUUACUGGAGUCGAAGAAAUUAAUGGAGGUAUGGUGCUCACCUGCCAUCGUCUUCUUCCUCUUCGUCUUCUUCCAACUUCAUUUGCAGUCGCUGGCAACGCCGGAGUACGGUCGUCAGCCACCUCGGUCCAUCGUUUUCACCCAACACGAACGGCCUGAAUCAGAGCCUCAACAGAUUCACGUAUCACUAGCCGGGAAGGGCCACAUGAGAGUCUCAUGGGUCACAUCCGACGACGACGCGCCGUCGACUGUAGAAUACGGCAAGACGCUGGGGAAAUACGAAUCGUCGGCUACCGGAGAACAUACCAAGUACCACUAUUUCUUCUACACCUCCGGCAAGAUCCACCACGUCAAGAUCGGACCUUUGGAACCCAGCACCACCUAUUACUACCGGUGCAGCGGGUCCGGCCCGGAGUUCAGCCUCCGGACACCUCCUUCCGCCUUUCCUAUCGAGUUCGCCGUAGUUGGCGAUUUAGGGCAAACCGAGUGGACUGCAUCUACCCUACAACACGUUAAUGCCAGCGACUACAAUGUGCUCUUAUUGCCCGGUGAUCUAUCUUACGCCGACACGCACCAGCCGAUCUGGGACUCGUUCGGCCGCCUGGUCGAGCCGUACGCCAGUCGACGGCCAUGGAUGGUGACGGAGGGCAACCAUGAAAUAGAGACGUUGCCGAUCGUCCAUCCCCAUGGCUUCAAGGCCUACAAUGCAAGGUGGCUGAUGCCACACAGAGAGAGUAUGUCAAAAUCAAACCUAUACUAUUCGUUUGAUGUCGCUGGCACACAUGUCAUCAUGUUGGGAUCUUACACCGACUUCGAGGCUGGCUCAGAGCAGUACGAGUGGCUCGAAGCCGACUUGGCUAAAGUCAACAGAUUGAAGACACCGUGGCUGGUCGUGUUGCUCCAUGCUCCGUGGUACAACACCAACGCUGCCCACAGAGGUGAAGGAGAGAGCAUGAGGAAGGCCAUGGAGGCGCUCUUGUAUAUGGCGCGAACUGAUUUGGUUUUCGCAGGGCAUGUUCAUGCAUAUGAACGCUUCACUAGAGUGUAUGACAAUAAAGAGGACCCAUGUGGUCCUGUAUAUGUGACGGUUGGCGAUGGAGGGAACAGAGAGGGGCUUGCUUUGAAGUUUGAGAAGCCGAGCCCGUCAAUUUCAAUUUAUCGAGAACCGAGCUUCGGGCAUGGCCGGUUGAGGAUUUUGAACCAAACCCAUGCUCACUGGUCGUGGCAUCGGAACAAUGAGUCCAACUCCAUGGUUGCUGAUGAGGUCUGGUUCGAGAGCUUGAGCUCUGUCAAAACUUGCAACCAAGGCAUUGCCGGAGGGAAAGGGUGGUCGGGUUCUCUCAAAGACGAACUUUAAACCCAUUAACCCUUAUUACUUGUCGUUCCGAAUUCGAAAUUUCAAAUUGAUUGCAUAGUCAUCACAUAUCAUCUGGAUUUGAGCUCGCCUUAAUUUUGAACAUAUCUGUAUUCAAAUAUCAAGUCAGUGAAAUUAGAGGUAAAUCAGUUGUUGUUUAGCUUGGCAUG